AUGGAACCGCCUCUCAGUCUAAAGAUUGACCACAUAUCGCCACCGUCAUUGAUACCCUCAUAUAUCCCUUCGAGCUCAUUCCCUUCUAAACCACUUUCACUCCCUUCACCUCCAAGGGAGUUCUCAUUCUCACCCACACCCAAUUAUCCAGCACCAUUCGGAUCGGUAUCGUUAGGAUCCAUCUUAUCGCUCAAUGUAUCUUUGCAAAAUGAUAGUCCGACACGAAAUGAUGUAUUGGGAGUAAAGAUGAUGAUUGAAUUACAAGGUCCUUCAGGCAGAUAUAGAUUAGGGGAAGUAAUACAUUCUUCGACUUCGUCAAAGCCACAAGGAGGAUCAAGAGAAUCAGAUCCAGAUGUCAACGGACCGAAGACGGACGAAAGGAAACAAGACUUAGAAGCAGAGUCAGAGUCAGGACCAGAAUCAGAAUUACCAGCUCUGAAAUAUGGCGAACAAGUCGAUAUUCACAUUGAGAAUGAAAUCAAAGAUCUAGGUCUAAAUGUUAUCAUCAUCAGUGUAGCUUGGGAAACUUUAGAAGGUAGAAAAACAUUUCAGAGAUUCUUGAAAUUCAAUGUAAAUCCACCGCUAGCCAUCAAAACCAGGAUCCAAACUCCUUCUCAUCCCAAUACGACACUAUUGAAAGAAUUGAGAGAACAAGUGUAUCUUGAAGUUUUAAUUCAGAAUGUAUCAAAUGAAGGAAUGAGACUUUCCGAUGUGAAUCUGGAACCUGUUCAAGGAUUGAAAUCGGAAUCUGUUUCCAAGAUCAACACUUCAUCUAUUUCCUCCACAUCAUCUUCGACAGGCGAUCAAGGUGUUGUCGAGGACAAAGUUUCAAUAAAUGACCAAAAACAAGCUGUAUUGUUAUUACCUGAAGAUACUAGACAAUUCUUAUUCAUCCUUUCUCCUUCUCCUUCCUCAGAUCCAUCCAAUAAAUCAUCUUUCCCACCGUUUUAUACCGGUGGAACAAUAUUACCUUUAGGAAGAUUAGACGUUACUUGGUUAUAUGGUCAAUAUCAUUUACAAGGUAGACUUCAAACUUCAACCCUAAAUCGUAGAGUACCAAUCCCGCCUGCUCAAAACAAUAUUUCGAGACUCAGGACACCACAAAUUGGAGGUGGUAUAUUACCUACAAGGUCAUUAAGCUCUCAAAGUAUAUCAAAACAGAAUUUAUCCUCAAAUGUAUUAGCUCCAAGUCCCAUGAGAGGUGCUCCGCAAGUAUUGAAAGAUGGAAACCAUGAUCAAAAGGAGAAAGAAGAGAAUGAUAAUUGGGAAUUCGAUUUAAGUUUAACAGGUGACAGAGAAGUUCAAGUUGAGAAUAAAUUUACGAUUAUAUGUAACCUGGGUAUCAGAUCAAGGAAGCCUAUUCCUUCCACCUCGACCACAACAGAAAAAACACAGUCUCAAGUCGAAGGUGAAAAUGUGAAGGAAGAACAAGCAGAAGACUCCGCUCAUAACCCGCCAUCACCACCAAGAUUAGCUAUACAAUAUCUCACUCCCAUUCCUGCUCCCACAUACUCAACCACGCAAAUCAAUCAACCACCCCAAUUGUCAGUCUUACCGCCUUCAAGAUCGUCAACGCCUUUAUCGCCACCACCACUUGCUUCUACAUCAGCAUCGACGAGAGCUAUCACUCCCACUCUUAAUUCCACCCCCAAUGCAUUUUCAUAUUCCAGCUCAGGUAUCAAUUCUAGCGUUAAUUCAAGACCUAUGACACCACUUUCGACUCAGCUCAGACAAGCUCAAUCAAGUAUAUUGAAUUCACCUAAAUCGACAUACACAAACAUUGAUUUACCACCCUCUUUAAAUGAUCAUCAAACAAUAGAUUUAGCAUCAUUCCCUCCUUCUCCAUAUAUCCAUCCUUCAUCCUCUACCAGUCCUUCAAGAUCGAGCGAAAUCAUACAUGUCGGAAAUUCAUAUCAAGAAUUACAAGUAAAAUCGAAUUCAUUCAAACUGUUACAUGAAAAUCAUGGUCCAUCAUACUCUGAUUCAAAUACUGCUACUGCUACGGAUAAGGGCAUUGGUCCAAACAUGAUCAAGAAGUGGGAAACCCAAUCUUCCUUUGAAUUGAAAUUUAUAGCUUUCAAUGAAGGCUUAAAUACUCUAGGUGGGGUAAGAAUACUCUUACUCGACAGUGAUGGAAGAAGUGGUACGAUUGCAAGAGAAUGGGGUAGUCUAGGUGAUAUAUUAGUCGUGGACUAA